AUGACAGAAACUCCUUCAAAUAAUACCAUGCUUCGACGACCAGUAAUUGGAGCUACUUUGGAUGAUGUUGGGAUUAGAAUAUCUAAUCAGUACCUAGAGGAAUUAAGGGAGGAAGAAGAUGAUAGAUCCCGAGAUGGAUUCUUGUCAGGGUGCUACGGUGGAUUAGCUUAUCGACUGACUGCAAAUUUUUAUAAAACUCAUAUUACAUAUGAAGACAUUCUAUGGUGUACAGAAGUCAAGGCUGAGGCAGCGGCUACUGAAUGUGAAAUAUCAUACGUAAUCAGAGGAAAGACAGCCGAGCUUAAGAAGAUCACUGUUCGUAUCAGCGAUUUCAAGGGCGGUAAUAUGGCAGAAUGUAUUCUUUCGAGAGCCUAUCGAGAUAGCAUUGUGUCCCCAAGAGUAUUGAUUUUAAUCAACCCUCACAGUGGUCAAGGAAAAGCGUUAAAGAUUUACGAAUCCAGUAUAUUACCAAUUCUUAAAGCCGCUCACGCUCGUGUUACAUAUUUAGAGACCAAAUAUAGCAAACACGGCAUAGAAAUAGGUAGAGACUUAGAUGAAGAUUCCUAUGAUAUUAUUGCAUGUUGCUCUGGGGAUGGUACUCCCCAUGAAGUCAUGAAUGGCUUUUUUCAGAAGGGUGACCAGGGUGAAGGGGCCUUUGAUAAGAUUGCAAUCACACAACUUCCUUGUGGAUCCGGUAAUGCUCUAUCUCUCAGUACUUUCGGAACCACUGAUUCUUCGUUGGCUACCCUAUUGAUGCUCAAAGCAAAACGAACAAAGCUUGAUCUAAUGGCUGUUACACAAGGAACUGGAAAUAAUGAAGAGACAAAAUUAUCAUUUUUGUCGCAAUGUUAUGGAAUGAUUGCAGAUUCGGACAUUGGAACUGAACAUUUAAGAUGGUUGGGGCCUUUACGAUUCGAAUUGGGUGUGGUUCAAAGGGUUCUUACUCGGGCCUCGUACCCGUGUGAGUUGUAUGUUAACUAUGUAAUUGAUGCUAAGGAAGAUAUAAAAAAGCACGUAAAUAAUUACGUGGAAGGGACGGCUGAAGGGCCAAAACCUUGUCUGAUCAAAAAUUACAAGCCUAAAUUGCCGAGCUUAGAUGAUUCACCGCCCAGCAAUUGGAUUAAAGUUUCGGAUAAGAUUGUUUCUAAGUUGAGUCAGAUAUACGUUGGCAAAAUGCCCUACGUUCUGAUCGAUACACAAUUUUUCCCCGCUGCUUUACCGAAUGACGGACUCAUGGAUAUGAUUUUGACCGAUACGAAUAUGCCUAUAAUCCAAACAGCUUCCAUUUUACUUUCUAUAGAUAAAGGAUCACAUGUUGAGGACCCAAAGGUACACCAUUCUAAGAUUUCGGGAUAUAGAUUGGUUCCUAAGUUGAAUAAGGGUACUCACUAUAUUUCUGUAGAUGGGGAAAGCUUUGCUUUUGCACCUUUGCAAGUUGAAGUAUUACCAGGAGUAUUGACUUCGCUUUUGCCAAAUGGAAGAUACGUUGAUACAUCGUUUACAGUUAAAUAG